GAAUCAGUUGUAAAUAGAAUCGUGCAUAGAACGGACAUAUAGGGGCUGCACUUGCCCUCAUACUUACGGAACGGAAAUUAUAAAAUAAGACGUUUUAUCAUGUCGAAAACUAAAUAUCAUUUAAUUCCUGUGGACGAUUGUCGAAUCGAGGAGGAAAAUAAUAAUAAUUUUCUUCAUCUGAUAGUGAAAUUUGUUCUGUGUUUUCUUAUAAUAUUAACAAUAGUGUUUUAUGCAUGGGAUUCUGCCAAGGAUAGGCUUGAGAGCACUACGCUCAGUUUUCCAACAACUUUUGAGGAAGAAUCAGAUCUCCAACGGGAAAAAAUUAUGCAAGAGUAUUUAGGAAGUUAUCUAAAUAAUUCAGAUAUUGUAUUUGAAAAUAGUGACCGGACUAUUGUACAGUAUAAUUUGAGUGGCCUUAUCGAAAAAGGAAACGAUAGCUCCGUAGACCUUCAAGCGGAGGAAAGUAAUGUGAAUUAUAUGAAAUACAUACCAGAUGAAUUUACGCGAACUCCCGAUUUUAAUGGCAGUAAUGGGGCUGAGCCCCAUAUUGACCAAAACCAGACUGAGCCAAAUAUUGAGAGUUAUUUGGAAAACGAUCUACAGGAAGACUCUCUCAAUUCUAGUUAUCCAUUGGAAACGGAAACGCACGUAAAAUAUUUUGUUAACAGCCCUCAGUGUAAAAUGUUCCAACCGGAUCCAUUUGCCAAAAAUAUCAUGAAGAUCUACGACAAAAAACAUUAUACUGUGUGCGACCAUAGUCCUGACAUGAUCACAGUAAGCUUCAACGAGACGGACAGCACCUUUAGCCUGAACAAGAACGAGAGAGGCGCCUCGUGCUGCUAUAAGCAGAUCCUUCGGGCAGGAAAGAGGACCCAAGCCGACAAGCACUACACGCUUCAUCCGUGCAUUAAAUUCGAGCACGGGUUUGUAGUGCCACGGCAUGUGGAAGCCAUGAUCACCGAAUGCCGUCGGCCGAAGGACCUUAAGGUGUCGCAAACAGAUGCCUUCGCAUUUGUGCAUCCUCGAAAUGAUUCUACAAAGACUGAGCCUCGAAGACCGAGUGUCCUGCUGCUUGGCAUCGAUUCCGUGUCCCGGAUUAACCUCCAGUUGACCAUGCCCCAGUUGUACGAGUAUUUGGGCGCCCAGCACUGGUUUGAAAUGCAGGGUUACAAUAAGAUGGGCGAUAACACCUUUCCCAAUUUGAUGGCAGUGCUAACAGGGUUCAACAAGUCCUACGCCAUUUCCAGCUGCCGGCCGGACGAGGUGGGUGGCUUGGACGCCUGUCCGUUCAUUUGGAAGGACUUUAAGGACAAGGGUUAUACGACAGCAUUUGCCGAGGACUGGGGCCCCUUCUCCACUUUUGAUUACCUGAUAAAGGGCUUUCGCGUUCCGCCGACGGAUGUCUAUGCCCGGCCACUAGUCUUGGCAGUGGAGAAGGAGCUGAACGCGACCUAUGACAGUGGAAUGCCGCACUGCCUGGGACGAAGGCUGGCCUCCGAGUACGUCUACGAUUUAGCGGUGGAGUUCACCAGGGUCAACCGGAACCGCACCUUUUUCGGAAUGUUCUGGACAAAUACAUUCAGCCACAACAACUUCGCCCUGCCAUCCUCAAUGGACGCCCGCAUGGUGACUUACAUGAGGACAUUGGACAGAAAUGGUGUGAUGGAUAACACCAUCGUUAUAUUCUUUAGUGACCACGGCAGCAGGUUUGGACCCUUGAGAAGAUUGAGUAGCGGCUUCCUGGAAGAGCGCCUACCGUUUAUGUUUAUCCGACUACCCCGAUGGAUUCGCGAGAAGUAUCCGCACUUUGUGAAGAGCUUGGAAGUAAACCGAAAUCGCCUCACCUCUCCGUACGAUAUCUACGCUACUUUUAGACACAUCCUGGAGCUGGACAAGGAGCCUGAGAAACUUCCUCGCCCCAACAGCUGUCCCAGCUGCCACAGUAUCUUCGAAGAGGUGGAUUGGUCCCGGAGUUGCCACCAGGCCGGAAUCGAAGAUCAUUGGUGCGGCUGUGAUAGCUUUAAGCCCGUUUCGAAAACGGAUGCCACAGCCAAAAGCAUAGCCCAACAACUAGUACAGGCCAUCAAUGGAUUCUUGGCGGAGAAGAAAGGAGCCAAAAAGUGCCAGAAGCUCAAGCUAAAAUAUGUGUCUUCAGUGCAGCGCAGGAGCAAUUCAAGUUCCUAUCUAGUACAGUUUUAUACGAGUCCGGGUGGCGCCUUCUUCGAGGCUACGGCGGAUUGGGACGCCGACACCAAAAAUGUGUCAGUCUCAGUGCCUAGCAUAAGUCGGUUGGAAUCGUAUGCCAGUCAAUCGCAAUGCACUUCGGUUAAAGAAGCCAAGAAAUUCUGCAUCUGCUGAGCCUAGCAUUUUAACCGCAAGAAUAAGUACUCUAAUUGUAUCUAUCGGAUCUCGUGGCCAUUGUUCCCUAUCACUAGGGACCAUCUUUGUUCCGGAUAACUGGUUGCUGGCAACCACUUCCACUUCCGCAGAGAUAAUUGCGGCCCGGUGAUUGUGUCAAUGGAAAAUUAGUUAACAAUUACACGACAAUUGGCAGAUUCUCGGCUGAUUGCUCCAGCUGAGAUGGGCAAAGAAUCCCAUAAAUUGGUCUAAUCUCAUAUAAAUAUGUUUCUAUGUUGUUCAAGUACCAGAUUGUAAAACAACUAUCUUAUCGCAAAACUUUCACUCUUCAGUUUUAAACUUAUUAAUCUAUAAAAAUUCGUAUAAUUAAGAUACGCUAGAAAAGUGCGCACAGUGCGAGCAAAUAAAAUGCCUUUUAUAAAACCAAA